CAAUCAUUUUGCCACUAUCCGUCUGAAAAAGACUGAACAGAAACUUUGCAACAAUAAACUGCGUUCUUGAAUGUUGGAAGUGCUGUCAGGAAAAGCGUGAGGGGGCGGGGAAAGGCGAGGUUUCCUGAUAGACUAAAUUGGGGUUUCAAUCUCCGCAAGUUCGCCACGGGGAGCCGCAGCGACUUCCCCGCAAGAGGGCUGCUCCUGUGGGAUCCGUGGGUCCUCCUGGGUGCCCAUUUGUGCCCCAGCACGGGUUUUCCCCGCGCCUCCGACUCAUAGCUGCCAAGUUUUCCCUUUUCUCGCGAGGAAGCCUAUUCAGCAUAAGGGAAAAUCCCUUAAAAAAAGGGAUAACUUGGCAGCUAUGCUCCGACUGCGCACGAGCAGGCAGCCUCUCCUCUUCGCACCUGCAUCCCCCCCUCAUUCCCGGGCUCUUCCUUCAUAAACUCGUCCACCAGCCUCCUUCCCUUCUCAGCUUAGUUUCCUGCCCGCCCCGCGCUCUCGCGGAGAUCCUCUCGCCUUUCUAAAGAAAUACAAGGGCACCGUCGACGGAGCUUCUGCUGCCGGACUUAACCCGCCUCUCCUUCUCCUGCCAUUGGAUUCCUCUCGCGUGUUCACGUGUGCCGACAAGCCCAAAGUCCGCCGGCGUUUCAGUUUCGCUUUCCCCUCCGACCCUCUUCUGAUCUGCCUCAGACAGCUUUGAGCCUCCAGGUCGUAGGAAACAGGCAGCCAGAAAGACUAAAGUCCACUCAAGCUGAGAAGAACGGAUUUACCAUUUAGUAACUGUGAGGCACCUGCCCAAAUUGCUGCUGGAGAAUGUCAAAAUUCCAAAGGUAGUUGUCAAGCUUCUGGUCUUCUAAUUGUUACCUUUGUUCAUGACAUAUAAAAGGAGCCCCAAGCAUCUCCCAGAAUCCUCGGUGAUACAUUGGGUAAUAGAUAUUGGUCAUAAUAUACCGUUGGACCUUCCUUUUCGAACAGCCUAGUUCUCGAACGCUUUGGCUCCCGAACGCUGCAAACCUGGAAGUGACUGUUCCAGUUUGCGAACUAUUUUUGGAAGUCGAACGUCCGACGGGGGCAUCCAAUUGACUGCAGGAGUUUUCUGGCUCAGAAGCCGCGCUUUGCUUUCUGAAUGUUUUGGAAGCCAAACAGACUUCCGGAACAGAUUCCAUUCGACUUCCAAGAAAUGCAGGAAAGAUGCCUUCAGAGAAAGCUCUUGAUGAAGCUAUUGCUCAUUUUCUCAAAGAAUUCCCUGAGAAGAAAAAUGAGAUCGAGAUGUACAUCCAAUGCCUUCGGGAAAGGGCAGACGACAUUGACAAGACCCAUAAGGAUUGCACCAUUGCCAGCGUUACUGCCAGCUCUGUAAGUGCAGCUUCUGGUGUCUUGUCCAUCGUGGGACUGGCCUUGGUCCCUGUAACAGCAGGCGCAAGUUUAAUCCUGACAGCCACAAGCAUGGGCUUAGGGAUAGCGUCAGGAGUAACUAGCAUCUCUGCUGGUUUGUCCAAGUGCAUUAUUCAUUCAAAGGAAAAGAAAAAAUCGCAGGAACUGGUAAAGGAAUGCGAGGAAAGCCUAAGAAUGGCGCUGAGCCUCGAGAAAAUUGGUUUCAACUAUCAACUGCCCCCAGAUGACGACACUAAUUUGGAAGUAGCCAAAAUGGCAAUCACUUCGGGUUCUGCUCUUGUUCGGAGCAUUCCAAGAGUGGUUGACCAAGCGACAGACAUUGCAGCAAAUGUAGAGGCAUUGGCGAUGGUUCGUGCUAAUCCUGCCUUGAAGACUUUGGCCAAGGAAGCAAGUACAGUAGAGACCGUAGCCAGGAAUGCAAUCAAGGGGAUUGACCAGGUCGAUGAGGCAUUUAAAGGAACUGCCCUCGCAGUGAGCAAGUCUGCUAGAGUGGCAGGGUGUGUGCUGUCUGGGUUGUUUCUUGCAGUGGAUGCUUACUGCAUUGCUAAGGAUGCCAUAGACUUGUCAAAAGGGGCCAAGACAGAAAAGGCAGAUGAGCUCAGAGCCAAGGCUAAUAAGUUGGAGGAGAUGGUGCAGAAUCUGACAGAGUUCUACAUAGAACUGAAAGAAGAAUGGGACUGAAAUGGACCCCAACCACUUUGUGAGCUCAUUGGUUGUGAACAUCAGCCCAGGCAGUAGACAUGAUUAUUCCUCCUUCUGGAUAGUAAUAGUAAUAAUUUAUUAUUUAUACCCCACCCAUCUGGCUGGGUUUCCCCAGCCACUCUGGGCAGCUUCCAACAAAAAAAUUAAAAAUACUUAAAACAUCAGCCAUUAAAAACUUCCCUAAACAGGGAUGCCUUCAGAUGUCUUCUAAAUGUCAGAUAGUUGUUUAUUUCUUCUGAUGGGAGGGUGUUCCACAGGCGGGCGCCACUACCGAGAAGGCACUCUGCCUAGUUCCUUGCAACUUCGCUUCUCGCAGUGAGGGAACCGCCAGAAGGCCUCAAUGUCUAGGCAGAACGAUGGGGGUUGAGAUGCUCCUUCAGGUAUACUGGGCCGAGGCCAUUUAGGGCUUUAAAGGUUAGCACCAACAUUUUGAAUUGUGCUCGGAAACGUACUGGGUGCCAAUGUAGGUUCUCCACCCCCAUCAUUCUACCCGGACACUGAGGUCCAGCGCCAAGGGCCUUCUGGUGGUUUCCUUGCUGUGAGAUGCCAAGUUACAGGGAACCAGGCAGAGGGCCUUCUCGGUAGUGGCACCCGCCCUGUGGAACACCCUCUCCCACUAGAUGUCAAAGAGAACAACAACUACCAGACUUUUAGAAGACAUCUGAAGGCAGCCCUGUUUGAUGAGUUUCUGUAUUUUAAUAUUUCGUUGGAAGCUGCCCAGAGUGGCUGGGGGAACCUAGCCAGAUGGGCAGUGUAUUAUUAUUAUUAUUAUUAUUAAUAAUAAUAAUAAUAUUUAUUAUGUCUUUCAAGACCGGUGUUAUAUGGUUUUGGCAGCCACUCCCAGUCACCAGUCUAACUGCUGCAUUCUGGAUUAGUUGUAGUUUCAAAGGUAGCCCCAUGUAGAGUGCGUUGCAGUAGUCCAAGUGAGAGAUAACCAGAGCAUGCACCACUCUGGCAGCCUGCGUACCAGAUGGAGCUGGUAGACAGCUGCCCUGGACACAGAAUUGACCUGCACCUCCAUGGAUAGCUGCGAGUCCAAAAUUACUCCCAGGCUGCACACCUGGUCCUUCAGGGGCACAGUUACCCCAUUCAGGACCAGGGAGUCCUCCACACCCACCUGCCCCGUCCCCCCAAAACAGUACUUCGGUCUUGUCAGGAUUCAACCUCAAUCCAUUAGCCGCCAUUCAUCCUCCAACCUUUCUGCUUCCAGUAUCAUCAGGGAGCUUGGAGAAGCAGAUCAGACUAUAGCUAGAGAACAGUGCUUAAAACAAGGUCAAUUCUAAUGUCGUGCCCCAUCUCUAAAAUUAAUUCCCCAGACAUUUUAUCAUGCCUGGUGGAUGUGUAUAAAAGCUAAAAAAUUAUGGAUACAAAUGCAUACACGAAUACAGAGAAUUUUGAAGGUUAAUGUUUCAACUGAAACCAGGGCUCCUCCUGCUGGGACUUAUGGAUAUACAGUUAGAAAAAGAUGAUAAAACUUUAUUUCAAUAUAUGAUUACAGUGUGAGACUUUUAAGUGCACACAGAUGAAAAGAAUAAUCAUUCCCUACAGUGGAGGAAUGGAUGUUAAAAUUAUUGGACUUAGCUGAAAUGGCAAAGUUUAUGUGUUUAAUCAGAGAAAAAUCAGUCAACAUUUACUGAAGACUGGAAACCUCUUACACACUUUUUGCAUGAAAUAGAAAAUAAGCUUAUGAUAUUUGGGUUUGAGGAUUUAAGAUAAUAUUGGUUUAUAGAAAGUAAAUUUGCUGGCUGUUAUCUUGGAGUAGAUAUCUUGAAUACAUACAGAUGAAGAAUUGGAUGCUCUUUUCUCUUUUCUUUUCAUCUUGUUUUUCCUUUUUCCUUUCUGAUCUGUGUUUUUAUUUAGAUUAGUUUUUUAAGCUUGGCAAAAAAUAUACCCGAUAUUAAUCUUUGUAUUUUCUUUCAAAUUUAAAUAAAACAUAUUGAAAAUAAAAUAAAUCCCCAGCCUUUUGCCUGGGGUGUGUGGUGUGAGAUGGGACUCCUGGUGAAAAACCUUUCCCCCAGGCCUUUAAAGUGUUCUAGUGUAUAGAUUAGGGUUUUAGGCCGAUAACUGAUUUCAGGCUGUCCACUGCAAUGUAUUUUACUGUGAUUUUAAAAUUAAUGAUCUGCUAUUUGGAGUCUGUCAUGCUGAAGGCUUUAGCUGAAGAGUUGCUAAUCAAACACUGGAAGCAAAUAAUUACGUGACUGGGAACAGUAAGAAAAUACAAUGAUACUCCCAGCAUGUCCUUUAACAUGUUCAUUGUAAACUUGUUCAAAACUGGAAAAAAAUAAAAUCAUGUUUGGAUAAGUUAAUUGGUAUUGCUGAGAUUUUUUUUAAUUUAUUUAUAUUUUUAGGGUGCUUAAUGCCAAAAUAGGCUUCUAAGCAGUUUACAAAGAGUUGUGAAGCAGAAACCGUCCUGAAGAACAGGGUACCGUAUUUUUCCAUCUAUAAGACACCCCCAUGUAUAAGUCACCCCCUAUUUUUGGGGACUCAGAUUUAAGGGAAAGGGGGAGAGAUAUAUCCGUGUAUAAGAUGCCCCUUAAUUUUUGACAUUAUUUUUAAGGGGGGGAAACCUAGUCUUAUACACGGAAAAAUACGGCAAGUAGGGUUAGGCUAGCAGAACUACACACAGGAAGCACUGAAGACAAUCCAAAUGUUUGUGGACUACAAUUCCCAUCACCCCUAACAAUUGUCCAUGCUACCCGAGGUUGGUGGGAGUUGUGAGUCUUUAGCAUCUGGAACACCACAGCAUUUCUUUGUAGGAGGAAAGCAUGAAACUCAUAGGUCAGGCAUCCCCAAACUGUGGCCCUCCAUAUGUUUUGGCCUACAACUCCCAUGAUCCUUAGCUAACAGGACCAGUGGUCGGGGAAGAUGGGAAUUGUAGUCCAAAACAUCUGGAGGGCCGAAGUUUGGGGAUGCCUGUCAUAGGUAGUUCUCACCAUCUGAUCUCAGUCCAUUGGUGUGAACAAGAAUUGGCUCUGAACUCCAGCAUUCUGCAUCCAUAGCUUGGACAGUGCUUGCCGGAGUUCCCCACCAAGUAGUCUGUUCAGCUGGCCAUGCUCAUUUGAAACAUGUGGCUGUAGCAUCCCUUGAAGGAGAACAUUUGUUUCAAUGUCCACUACUAGUGUUCAGGGGCAGCAACUUGGGUUAGUGCCUAGUUUUAGGGAGGAGGCACACUUCUGUAGUAGUAGUAGUAGUAGUAGUAGUAGCAGCAGCAGCAGCAAUAAUAAUAGUAAUAAUAAUAAUAAAUAAUAAAUAAUAAUAAUCCCUGUAAACAGAAGAACACAAAUAGCAGAUGAUCAUAGUAUCAGUCAAAGAUGGCAUAAACUAUCAGCAUAAAUUGCAUAAAACCAGGCUUCACAUCUUGGAGAAGACAAAGCAGGGCCGGAUUUAGGUUUGAUGAGGUCCUAAGCUACUGAAGGUAAUGGGGCCCUUUACAUGUCCAGCUGUCCUUUGUCAACAACAAAUUGUUGCUGCUUUUUGUGUUGAAUAUAUGCUAUAUGGUAAUUUAGGGAGCUAAUAGAUAUCUAGAGCCAUUUGCACAUAACAAAAUGCGUAUUUUAUCCAAGUAAUUGUUGAACUGAAAUACAAUUGGAAAUGUACAUCCAGGGUUUUUUUCCUUUAAUUGUUUUGGGGGGACCCAAAAGAGUGGGGCCCUAAGCCUACCUUGUUUAGCUUGUAUACAUAAAUCCGGCACUGAGACAAAGGGCUUAACUUAUUGGGAAACUAAGUGCCCCUUCCUUACUGGGCCCAUUUCCUUUUUAAGCUCCCAAGAGACACUCCCAAGCUUCCAGAGUCAUCGAGUACAUCUGAUACAAUUUCUGAAACUAAAACAAUGAAGGUGUUGAGAGAACAGCCAAUAUAGGCAAGGAAGGUUGGCUGUAGCCUUUUUUAUAAAACCACUCAGAAUACCCAUGGGUCAACUGAAGGCGGUUGCAUCCCCACAUUUAUACAUCUGAGGAAUGUAAGACCAGGGAGUGUUGCUGGGACAUUCUGCUCAAAAGAUGCUGGGUCCCCCAGGGACAACUGUCAACUGCGUAACACGCACAGCUGAUCAAUUCUGAGAGAUAUUUCUGGAAAGCAAAUUCCUUCCAUGUGGAUGCAGGCAAACCAGGAGACUUGGAGACAGUACGCUAUAUGCUAUUUGCCCAAUACCACUGUACUAUUAAGAGCAUGGGCAGCAUACCAUGUCAUGCCUCUGAGUCAAAUGCGGUGGUGGCCCUGGAGAAGUGUGGGAAGCAAAGCCCAGAUGCUGGGGCAGGAAAAUGAAAUGAAGGGGAGAGGAACAUCGAAAGCUGCCACAUACCAGGUCCAUUGUGCUCAGUGUUGUUUCUGCACUGACAAGACAAUGGCUCUCUGGGGUUUCAGGCAGACACUUUUCCAGGGCUACCUGGAGAUGCCAAGGAUUGAACCUGGGAGAUUUUGCAUGCAAAGCACUGAUCUGCAGCCCUUCCCCAAGUUUGUAAAUGGCUAUUUCUGAAUAAUUUGCCUGCAUUUCUUUUAUUUUUUAAAAAAGCAAAGACACAAUAAUUUAUAUUGAGUUGACGCCUAACUGAGAAAUCAAGAGAAUUUAAACAUGGGAGUUGGUAAAGUGAAGUGUUAAAAGCGUGCACUAUGAACUGGGAGACUUCAGUUCAACCAACUGCUCAGCUGUGACUACUUCUUUGGUAAAGGUAAAGGACCCCUGGACAGUUAUGUCCAGUCAAAGGUGACUAUGGGGUGAGGCGCUUAUCUCGCUUUCAGGCCAAGGGAGCCGACGUUUGUCCACAGACAGUUUUCCGGGUCAUGUAGCCAGCAUGACUAAACCACUACUGGCACACGGAGGACCAUGACGAGUGCCAGAGCCUAUGGAAACACUGUUUACCUUCCUGCUGCAGUGGUAUACCUAUUUAUCUACUUGCACUGGUAUGCUUUCAAACUGCUAGGUUGGCAGAAGCUGGGACAAAACGAUGGGAGCUCACCCCGUUGCACGGAUUUGAACCACUGACCUUCCCUCAGCUGUGAAUGUACUAGGUGACUAUAGGUGUGAUUCACUAUCUUUAUAUCUGUUCUCACAUGAACUUGCCCUUUAAGAUCUUAAGUAAUAGCCUUCUUCCAAGGGUCCCCAUCUUUGGAGAUUAGAUGGGUGGUGACUGGAAGCAGGGCUAUACCUGAUGGUUCUAAUAAUGACCAUCCAGUUGAGAGAGAGGAGGCAUCAAAUGGAGGUGGUGUCCCCAUGUCUCUCUGCCACAGGUUUAAGGCACUAGAGCAGGAAGCUGCCACUGGCUGGUAGGAGCCAGCAGAAAGGCCCACUUUGCAGUGGAGUGCCAGAGGUUUUGGACUUGAGAUCCAAGGACUUACGGUCCUGUGCUGGAGCUGGCACAGCAAAAAUGGAGGAAUCCAUCCAUCCUACCUUCCACGACGACUGGCAUGAGCUGGAAAAGCUUCAGCCAGCCCUGUCACUCCCCUCCUCCCAGGCAUUGUUUAGAAUCAUAGCUGUCAACCCUCCCUUUUUAUGUGGGAAACUCCCUUAUUCCAAGCCACAGCUGUCAGCCUUCCCCUUUUUUGCUGGAAAUUCCCUUAUUCCAGCACCGUUUCCCGCUGCUAUCCUGGAUUGUUAGAUAUACCAUAGACUGUCCCCGGGACAGGUGAGGCUGCUGCUGAUCCCUUAUUUUCAAAUCCGAAAGUUGACAGCUAUGUUUAGAAUUGUUCUGCCCAUCAGCAAAAAACAACAACUACACUGUAAGGUGCAGGACUCUAUUGCUUAGGGGAUAUUUUCAUGCUGCUCUUGCUUCUUUUGUUGUUGCUAAUUGCAAUGUGUUGGUCUCCUUUUGCUGCUAGUUUACUUGGUGCUUGUUGUUAGGUGCAGUUUUAAUUCGUAUUGUUAGCUGCCUGGAUACUGAAAGGUGGCAUAGUUAUCUUUUAAAAUAGGUAAAACUUCAACCCGCCUCCAGCUGCAGUAUAAAGUUACUACUGAACUAGUCUGGUCAUAAGAACUAAAGACUAUGUAAUUUCAAACAGUUUGAGCCCGUAGGGAUGUACUAUAUAUCAAAAAAUUAGUGUGUUUUAGUUGGCUGUUUCUAGACAAAAUGGAUUUGGGUGAUAUGUAAGAGUGUAGUACUCAGCGUGCCUUAAAGCAAACAAAAUGAAGCUGGGGUGGGGGUGGGGGAUAAAGGCCAGGAAGCCUGACAGCUUGCCCUGGCGCACACAGGAGAGAAGAUGCAGGCUGCAGAGUCUCCAGACAAUUCUGAUCAUGGAUUUUCUCAUAGCAACAAGAGAGCCAACUAUCACAGCCUCUCAGAUGAAAGUUCUGCCUUCUGGUAUAGCACAUAUUGAGAACUGGCAGUACUACUUCAGAGGAAGAAAAGCUGGUUUCUCUAUCAAUUUGGGGAAAACAAAAAUAAGAUUUAAUACUAGGUUUAGGAUUAAAGCAGUUUCUCUUGGUGCUUGUACUUCGGUGUGUUUAUACAGCCACAUAGCACAGAAAAACUCUCCCAAUUAUUAUUAUUAGUAGUAGUACUAGUUUUUUAUACCCCACCUUUCCCCCUGACAGGACUUAUGACAGCUUACAGAUAAAAACAAGGCACUAUAGUAAAAGAGCAAGGAUUGUUUUGUAAUUGAUGGUUAAUGUUGGACUGGCAAUAAGAGGCAGAGUGCUGACCCUCAUGGUCCCUUCCAACUCUACAAUUCUAUGAUUCAGUACACCACGGAGUAGGCUGCAACUGACUUGUAGAAAUCCCAAUGCAGAGAUGGAAGCUACAUUUCCCAAGGAAUAUUUGGGAACAGCCGAUGGGAUCAAAUGCUAGUAGUAUUUCUAUAUUCUUAGAAACAGGCACGGUUUUCAAAUGAUAAUCCCAGCCGACAAUUUUUAACUACAUCACAUUUCUGGCACCUUAUUUGAAAUUUAAAAUGCGCCAUGAUUUGCAUUAUGUACCACACCAAUCAAAUUCACAAAUUCAACAACAGAAAAGACAAAUAGUGUGAAAGCAGCCCGACAUUCAACUGGCUUAUGUCAUCAGCUCUGCUCACAUGCAAUCAAUUUACAUAAAGAUUUGCAGCUCCAGAAGGGGGUGCACCUCGCCAUCAAAAGGCAUAUGGCUCAAAAAUGCAUGAUGGCUACCAUGAAUUUCAGAUCUGAACCGGUACCAUGUAGUCUGAGAUUGUGUGGAGGAGCCUCCCUUGCUGGACCAAGGCUUUAUCAUGCAAUCUAAUCCAUAAUUUUGUGUUUCAAAUUAUGGUGCUUUAGGUUUCUUGAAAAAAAUCUCCCAUUUGUUAUUGCUACAUCUGUACUGUAUUAUGCUCUUUCUCAAAGUGACUGAUCCAACAAGUCCUUUCUUCCAACCCAAGUUUCUCACUGACCCCAAACUAUUAACUAAAGGAGGAUAUUCUACCUACAUCUAAUCAGCCACCAUGUGGCACUGCUACCAAGCUCAGUGCACAUUGUAAAGCAUGGGCUAGCAAUAUCUCCAGUAAUUGCAAAAAUAAUCCUGCUUUAAAAGCAGUUUCCAGGAGUGUAAUUUGCUCUUGCUUUCUAGUUAUUAGGCUUAUCUACUUGCAAAAUGCUAAUGUUUUAGAGACUAAUACUUUAUAGCUGAAAGCACCUUCUACCUGCUCAUCUCAGACCACCUUGCAAAAUGUAAACACAUUAACCUUCAACAACUAUUUGCAAGAGGUUAAAUGCAUGAGAGCACAGGGAUUGACUCCCAAGCUUUUCCAGGACAUAAAUCUCAUCGGAAUUGCUGAUCUCCAUACCCUGUGUAGUCAUUGCUAAGUGCUGAGGUGGAUUCACUUAACUGUUUUGAGACACACAGGCUGUUUUAUCAAUUCAACAAAGGGCAAUCUUAGCAAAUGCGAAUAACCAGCUACAGUAUUUCUUUCAUCCUCGCAUGCAAUGAGACAAGCAUUUCCAGAUCCCCAUUACUGCAAAUUUCAAUUGUGAUGUGGGGUCAGACAUGAUCAUAUGUAGUUGCCACAUAGAGGGAGAACAUUGGUCUUUCUGGUCCAGUAAUGCAAAUGGCUCUCAAAGGUCUCAGACAAAGGCCUUUCUCCAUCCUGGUACCUGAGACUAUUGAACAGCAGGUGCUGGGAACUGAUCCUGGGUCCUUCUGAAUCCAGUGUUUUGCCUAUGCUUUACCAUUUGAAGCGUAGAUUCUUCACUAUUUGUUCUUCAUAGUUGCAACCGCCCCACCAUAUGCAGUCAAUCUACUGCAGUAAUGAGAUUUGAAAAGGCCCCUGAAAACCAGCUCAGCAUCUCUGAUCCAAUGGUGUAAUGCCAUAAAUAAAAGGUUUAGCUUGAAGAGUCAAGUUAAUGGCAGUUGUCAAAUUAUGCCCAGAAACACAGGAAAUAAGAUUCAAGAGAUGCCAAUGACCAGUGCC